UCAAUAUCUGUGAAAUGAUGUUCAACUUCUGUUUGUGUUUACGUUUCAACUAAAUCAUUAUUACCAUUCUUUUUUUUUUCUUUAAUAUUUGUGCAUAUUCAUUGUUUAAAGAUCUCAUUCCCCCCAUUUUUUACGUGUACUUUUGCUAUUCUUUAGGUUAAAAAAAUCUGGACUUUGAUAGAUUGUGAUAUCUGAUACUUGUAGGGAAGCUAUUUCUCUUGAAGGGAACUCUGAGAUAGUGCCUUGUGGACUUGUGGGUGUUGGGUGUUUUUGAAGUUUCUUUUGGGAGAGCGAGUUUUUUUUUUACUGGUUGUAGUUUACUGUGGAUUGCUUUUGCAAUAUAGAUGGUCAUGGAUCAACCCUUAACAGGAUUAUAUGGUUCUGUCAAUGGCUUAAAACUCAAUGAUGAGACCCUUUCUGUUAAUGGGUUAAAAUCGAAUGACUCUUUUGUCCAACAAAUCUCUGCCAAUAAUCCUCCUUUGCCACCUGAUCUAAAUUUAGCCCUUAGUAAUUCAGUCUUGUCUUUGAGUAAAAGUCAAGAUGGGGACUCACGUGAGGAUUUUGAUUUCAGUGAUGUGGUUCUGAAGUACAUAAAUACUAUGCUUAUGGAAGAAGAUAUAGAAGAGAAAAGUUGUAUGUUUCAGGAAUCUUCAGCAGCUCUUCAAGCUGCUGAGAAAUCUUUGUAUGAGCUUAUUGGGGAGAAGUAUCCUCCUCCUCCAACCAAUUGUCACUCAGUGCCUUGUUUAGAUCAAAACCACAAAAAUUCAUAUCAAAAGCUUGACUCUAAUUGCUUCACUUAUACAAGCAGUUCAAGCAGCACUAGUGAUCAUCGGUGUGAAUACAAGCCCUUGAAAUAUGAUUCUCAAUCAGGUGCCCAAUCAUCUCAUAGCUAUGGGAACAGCACAGGUGUUGUUGUUGAGGGGUUUGUGAGUUCUCCAGUGAGUACAAUUUCUGAGAUAUUUAGUGACAGUGGGUCUAUUAAGCAGUUUAAGGAAGGGUUUGAGGAGGCAAGUAAGUUCAUUCCUAAUGGUAGUCUGAUUACUGAUUUGAAGAGUAACAGCCUGUUUCUUAAAGACCUGAACAAAGAGUCUAAGGAUGUGGCAGUCAAGGUUGUGGAGAAGCCAGAGAUUGGAUAUGUUCCAGAUGAAUCAAGGAAAAAGAAGAAUCCUCAUCCAGAGGAUUUGGAUUUAGAGGGAGAAAGGAGUAACAAGCAGUCUGCAAUUUAUACUGAAUCAACUGUAAGUUCAGCAGAUUUUGACACAGUAUUGCUCAGCUGUGGAAUAAUUGAAUCUGCAAUUCCUGAAGCUUGGCAGAAUGGGAGAAGCAAGAAUGGGCAACAGAAUGGACAAACAAAAGGCACUAGUGUUGGAAAAGGUCGAGGUAAGAAACAAGGAAGUAAGAGGAAUAUGGUGGAUUUGAGAACUCUGUUGACCCUUUGUGCACAAGCUGUUGCAGCAGACGAUCGUCGGAAUGCAAAUGAUCUGCUGAUGCAAAUCAGACAGAAUGCUUCUCCUACAGGUGAUGGGAUGCAGAGAGUGGCCCACAUUUUUGCUGAUGGCCUUGAGGCACGCAUGGCUGGCUCGGGAACCCAGAUUUACAAGGCAUUUAUGAGCAAGCAUACAUCAGCUGCUGAUGUCUUGAAAGCCUACCAUCUGUUUCUUGCAGCAUGCCCAUUCAAGAAACUAUCAAAUUUCUUCUCAAAUAAAACAAUUAUGAAUGUAGCUCAAAAUGCAAAAAGACUACACAUUGUUGAUUUUGGUAUUCUUUAUGGCUUUCAAUGGCCUUGCCUUAUUCAGCGUCUCUCAUCUAGGGAAAAUGGACCUCCAGAGCUUCGAAUUACGGGGAUUGAUUUUCCACAUCCAGGUUUCCGGCCAGCAGUAAGGGUUGAGGAAACAGGACACCGCCUGUCAAACUAUGCAAAAACUUUCAAUGUUCCAUUUGAGUUCAAUGCAAUAGCACAGAAGUGGGACACAAUCAAAAUUGAGGAUCUGAAGCUUGAUAGAGAUGAGGUUCUUGUUGUGAACUGUGUGUUACGUUUAAGAAACUUACUUGAUGAGACUGUAGUGGUGGAGAGUCCAAGAAAUAUUGUGCUCAAUCUGAUUCAGAAGAUGAAUCCAGAUGUUUUCAUAACUGGGAUAGUAAAUGGAACAUAUAGCUCUCCGUACUUUAUCACGCGAUUUCGAGAGGCUCUCUUCCAUUACUCAGCUCUAUUUGAUAUGUUGGAGGCUAAUGUGCCUCGUGAAGUCCCAGAGAGGAUGCUGAUUGAGAGAGAUAUUUUCGGAUGGGAGGCAAUGAAUGUCAUUGCAUGUGAAGGUGCCGAGAGACUUGAGAGGCCAGAGACAUACAAACAAUGGCAGUUUCGAAUUUUACGAGCGGGGUUUAGGCAACUUCCUUUGAACCAGGAGAUCUUUGCAGAAGUCAAGAAGAAGGUAAAUGAAUUAUACCAUAAGGAUUUUGUGAUUGAUGAAGAUUGUCAGUGGUUGCUCAAGGGAUGGAAGGGCCGGAUUAUUUAUGCACUCGCUUCAUGGAAGCCUGAUUAUUGAAU